AUGGCGUGGCAAGCGGAGGAGGGCACAUUGAGGCAGUUGGCGGGGUAUCUGAACGAUACCCUGAAUGCGCGAGACCAGGCAGUGCGCAAAAAUGCAGAGCAGAUGCUCACACAAGCUACCGCCUCCCCAGACUUUGUCAACUACUUGUCAUUCCUCAUACGCACCCCCCAGCCACCUGCGGCCGUUGGCUUCGAUGUCAAGGGGUACAAUGUUGUCCGAGUCGCGGCGGCAAUGAACUUGAAAACUAAGCUCAAGGUAGCUUAUCAAUCGAUACCUCCGGAUGCUUUGGCGUACCUUCAAUCAGCGAGCUUGGUGGCACUGCAGGAUGAAUCUAAUGCUGUCGCAAACUCCGCAGGUACUAUCAUGGCCGAGAUGAUCAAACAAGGCGGGAUAUUAGGAUGGCCAACUUUGCUCGAGGAGCUGGUGUCGUUGGUGGGGAAUGCGUCAGCGUCCAUCCCGAGUCGCUCUCAGGAAGCAGCAAUGACCGCGUUGCAAAGAAUAUGUGAAGACAACCGCCGGCUUCUACAAAAGGAGAUCCAGGGCCAGCAGCCAAUUCACGCCAUCCUACCCAAGCUGAUGGAGUUCACAACCAGCUCUGUACCAAAAGUCAGGACCAUGGCCUUGUCAACGGUCCAGAUGUUCAUCGCGCACAAGUCACCCGCUCUCAUGGAAUCUCUCGAUACCUUCCUUCAGUAUCUAUUCAAAGUUGCAGAGGACCAGAAUACAGAUGUUCGGAGGGCAGUCUGCCUGGCGUUCAAUCAAUUGGCAGAGGUUGCUCCUGAAAAACUUAUUCCUCAUAUGGAUGGGCUUGUUAACUACGUGUUGAUGCAGGAGCAUAGCCAGGAAGACCCAGAGCUGGUAUUAGACGCUUCUGAAUUCUGGAUUGUUGCUGGAGAAGAGAAACAGCUCAGAGCGGCGAUGAUUCCAUACCUACCAAAAAUUAUUCCGGUUUUGCUUCAGAACAUGGUUUACGACGAGGAAGAGGCUGCUAUUAUCGCUGGAAAGGCAGAUGAUGCUGAUGAGCAAGACAGACCCGAGGACCUCAAACCCCAAUUUGCCAAAACAAAAGCUGCACGGUUGACUGGGACCAAAGACGCCGAGGAAGGGGGUGCUAACGGUGACAAGAAAGCCCCUGAGGUAGAAGACUCAGAUGACGAUGACCUGAGUGAUGGUGAGAUCGAGGAUGAUCCCGAAGAAGAGUGGACAAUAAGAAAAAGUUCUGCUACUGCAUUGGAUAUAUUCGCCACGGUCUAUCAUCAACCCGUCUUCGAAAUCGUCCUUCCUUAUCUUAGGGAGAACCUGAAGAAUCCCAGCUGGGCUCACCGGGAAGCAUCAGUACUGGCGUUGGGCGCCAUUGCCGAUGGGUACCCAGAACCGAUCGUGAGAAUGAUCACCUGUUGGUGUCUGGGUAGAUAUUCAGGUUGGGCAGCACACCUUGAGCCGGCUGAGAAGGCUCGCUUCUUUGAGCCGAUGAUGGAAGGUAUGCUCCACCGCAUGCUGGAUAACAACAAAAAGGUCCAGGAGGCUGCUGCGUCUGGUUUCAGAAGCCUAGAGGAGAAAUCAGGGCCACACAUCAUCCCAUACUGCGAGCCCAUACUGCGACAAUUUGUGCUCUGUUUUGAUAAGUAUAAGGAUCGAAACUUAGAUGUCCUUUAUGAUUGUGUGCAGACUCUCGCCGAAUAUACCAUGUCUGAACUAGCAAAACCUGCGCUGGUAUCAAUUCUCAUGCCAUGCAUCAUUGGCAGAUGGAAUAAAGUCUCAGAUGAAUCCAGAGAGAUUUUCCCGCUCUUGGAGUGCCUUGGUUACAUAGCUAGCGCCUAUGGACAUGCCUUUACUCCCUUCGCACCGCCAAUAUUCAGCAGAUGCACGAAGCUGAUAUAUGACACGAUCGUUGCAUGCAACGCACUAGCCAAUGGUCAUACUGUUGAAGAACCUAACAAGGAUUAUUUCAUCACCUGUUUGGACCUCCUGAGCGCCAUCAUCCAAGCAAUUGACCGUCAAAAGAGCGAGGAGCUCGUGGGGAAUACCCAGCCACCAUUUUUCCAGCUCCUAGCCUACUGCCUGCAGGAUCCGUACUACGACGUAGGAAUGUCCGCCUAUGCUGUCCUCGGUGACUGUGCGAUGGUCCUCUUUGAUCAGCUGCAGGCUUUCUUACCUACUAUAAUGCCAGUACUCGUUAAGCAGCUUGAUCUGGAUCAACUGGCAGAUGAAGAUUCGUCAACCGGUCUAAGUGUAGUAAACAAUGCUUGCUGGGCCUGUGGAGAGAUUUCCAUGAAUGCCAAGUCUUCCAUGGCUCCCUACACAGAAAGCCUUUACACAUCGCUCUUUGCUAUCAUGACUAAUGAGGAAAUCCGCGACUCUGUGACUGAGAAUGCUGCCAUCGCUCUAGGACGUCUCGGAAUAGGGUGUGCUGAACAGCUGGCUCCACGCUUAGCACAAUUCGCACAGACCUUCUUGCAAAUUAUGGACAAGGUCGAAUUCUCACGGGAGAAAGUUGGCGCAUUCGUGGGCUUCAACCAAGUUGUCAGGCAAAACCCCCAGGCAUUGGAAUCUUGUCUACCAGAUUAUUUCAACGCGGUCUCUACAAUGACGGAUAAACCUUUCCAUGCCCCUGAAUUUGAUGAUCUAGACCAGUCCACCAGGCAGGUUCUUCAAGGGUAUAAAGAAUUAAUCCCCGACUUUGGCGCAUUCCUAGGAACCCUACCGCCAGACGUUGCCUGGAGACUUCAAUCGGCCUAUCAGAUAUAA